UGGAAUUCUCCUCUCAUGACUUUGGCUUUCUUUGCAGCUGAGGGUGCUGAAAAUGGCCUUGAAUUCACCAUUGUUAGACCUUUCAACUGGAUGGGCCCUAGGAUGGAUUUCAUUCCAGGGAUUGAUGGUCCCAGUGAAGGUGUUCCCAGGGUUCUUGCUUGCUUUAGCAAUAAUCUUCUCAGACGUGAGCCUUUGAAGCUAGUUGAUGGUGGUGAAUCUCAAAGGACCUUUGUCUAUAUCAAGGAUGCCAUUGAAGCUGUUCUUUUGAUGAUUGAGAAUCCUGCUAGAGCUAAUGGUCAUAUCUUCAAUGUUGGAAACCCCAAUAAUGAAGUUACAGUGAGGCAGCUAGCUGAAAUGAUGACCAAGGUUAGUGAAAAGGGUAUUUUGGGAAAGUAAAAGUUUGGUCCUGUCCUAAG